AUGCGUACCCGAGCUUGUGGUCCCACACGGUACUGUAACAAAAACACUAACACUGUCAAUAUCAGCACUGACAAUACCAGCACUGACAACUUCAGUGCUGACAACUGUAGCACCAAACAUAGCAGCAUCGACAACUGCAGGAAUUCUAUUAUCACCAUCACCGACAACUUCAGCGCCAACAACAACUCAAACAACGUAAGCUUCAACAACACCAGCACCGACAACUGCAACACCAACAUCUGCAGCACCAACAAAAGCAGCACCAACAACAGCAGCAGUGACAAUUGUAGCACCAACAACAGCACCACCAAAAACUGCAGUACCGACAACUCCAUCACCGACAACUGCAACACCGACAACAGCAGUACCGAAAACACCAGCACCGACAACAAUAGCACGAAGAACACCAGCACUGGCCACUACAGCACCGACAAUUACAGAUCCAACAACAACAUCCAUAACAGCAUGCACCGACAACAGGAGCACCAACAACUACAACACCGACAACAGCAGCACAGACAAAACCAGUACCGACAACAUCAGUACCGACAACAGCAGCACCGAGAACAGCACACCCAGCUGCACGGAGAAUUCCAGCACCAACAACAGCAGUUCCAGCGACACCAGCCCUGA